CCCGACUCCGCCCCUACCGCGUCAGUGCUACCGCAGGUCAGGGGCUGCUCCCACCCUUCCCAAGGGCUUUUUCCAUGCAGCUUUGCCGUGGAUUUUCUUUCCUGUGAAGGCUCCCUCGGUGUGAACUUCUGCUAUGCAACUGAUCCGCACGGUUUUUUUUUUUUUUUUUUCCUUCCACCUCCCAAAUUUCUGUCCUAAUAAGAAAGUUAUCAGUUUUCUGUCUGCGACGUAUAAUACUGUUCUGAUGAGUUUCCUCUCUUCCUUACCUUCCUCCUCAGCAUUCUUCUCUUAACAUUUUUCUUCACUUAUACAAUCUGUUGUACCUGCUUUUGUCUGCCUCAACUGUUUCUGGUCUAUAAAUUUUCCUUUCAAUUUUUUUUCAGGAGAGUAUGGGGUAAAGGUUUAAAAAAAAAAGUUUAAAAAGACUACAAUUUUACUUUUUAAAUCUGGUUUGUGUCAGCCUGACAAAAAGCAGAAGACUCAGUUCCUUUGUGAACAAUGAAGGACUGAGAAUUGGGGAUAUCUUCAGUAAAUAACUUGCUGCUUACAGAAACGACUGAAAUAACUCAAGUUGUGAAAUACAGGUCACUGAUUAAGAUGUUGAGCAAGACUGGACACAGUACUAGCACCUGGGAAACCUUUACUGAGAGAACGGCGUUAAGGCUUGUGGCUCUUCAUCAUGGUUCACAUAACGCUAGGGACCAAAGAAGUAAUAUUUCCAUGGUGCUGGGACCAGUCUGUUGAGAGAAGAUUCUAUAGUAACUUUUUAACUACAUCGUGUUUGUCCUGAGACUGUCUUGAGAGAAGAGCUCAAGAGAGGAAGAAUUUUCACAGCACAACCAUUACAAAUAAAUCUAUUUGAAGAACUUGCUACCUGGGGAUACUUUUAUAGAGAUCGAGUCCUGGUUCUCAACUGUGCUCACACUUCAGACUGUAAACAAUGAGUGAAUUCUGGUUGUGUUUCAACUGCUGUAUUGCAGAACAGCCUCAGCCUAAAAGACGACGACGCAUAGACCGGAACAUGAUUGGGGAGCCAACAAACUUUGUUCACACAGCUCACGUUGGAUCAGGAGACCUAUUCAGUGGAAUGAAUUCGGUGAGCUCAAUUCAGAACCAAAUGCAAUCCAAGGGAGGCUAUGGAGGUGGGCUGUCUGCAAAUGUUCAGAUGCAACUUGUAGAUACAAAAGCAGGAUAACCUUGGGGAUAUCUUUCCAGUUUAUGUGAGUUCCUACGUCUUCUUUCCUGUGUCCUCUCUUUUGCCUUGGUGACUGCCUUCUGUGUUCAUGACAAGAGAGAAGUAAUGGCUUAUUGUUCACCCUUUGUGAUCGCUCCAGUGAAAAGUUGCUGUUCUGCUCUGAUGAUGCCAUUUUUUGGAUUGGUCCAACCGUGCCUUUCAGUGGCAUACAUACAUUGGCCUCUACCAGUACCAUGGGCUUAGAGCUUUUCAGGGUUGUUUUUAGGAUUCUGUUUGUUUUAAGGCAAAUCAAAGCACCAGCCUUAGCUUCCCUCACCCCUCACAAAUACUAAUGUGCAGCAUUAUGUUGCUUUUUAUUCUUUAAAUCUUUUUCUCCACUCACGUAAUUUAGAAAUGAUUGAGUUUCCAGUAAUGUUUUUAAUCACUCAUUGUUCAUAUCAAUUUUUGAAAGGUCUGGAACCUGAAAGCACAAAUGAUUAUUUCUUACAAAAUCAGCAGAGUAGAUAACCGCAUGCUUUGUGAGGUUGCUUUGUAUGGUGGCCCCUUUGGUGCCAGAAGAAAAACUGUGUAUUGCAGACUGAUGAUACUGUUGCUGGUGAAGAAUUAUGUUGUGACACAAGUCAUGCCUGUUUCUGAAAAAGGACUUCUAACUUAGCUGCUUCAAAGUUACGUCUUUAUUUUAGUUUUUAUCCAACAGGUCUUGAAAUAAUAAAGAGAAAGCUUGCAUUCAUAAGGCAUUUGUUGUAAAUGUUCAGUAAACCAGUGUAGUACUGUACCGACGUGUUGUGGAAGCGCUUUAAUCUAUUUAAAAAGCAUCAUGUUUGACUGCUUCUUUUUCUUUUAUAAUUUUUCUUAAUUUUAGGCUGUAUGGUCAUUUCCAGUAGCAGCAUGUCAAACUGCCUGCAGUAUUAGCUAAAAAGUUUAGUAGACCUCUCUAAGUAGUUGGCAGUUUGUGUGUACUAAAUAUUUAGGGGCCAUGGAGGUUGCUAAGAGCAACAUACUAAUCUGGCAGAACAGAUGCCAGUGAAAACAACAUACAGGGUGACUUUUUACUAAGUCAGUAAAAAGCCUUUUGCUCAGGUUCCAAAGCAUGUUUCUUUCACACGUUGUGAAACCUGUAUUUUAAUAUUGCACUGUUGUCUGAUUAUCUCUGUAAAUGGUCUCUUUUCCUCCUUGCUGAUGGUUUGGAAAAAGUCAGUGAUGUUAGUCCUGCUUGAGGGAUUUUUUUUUAUUUUUUUAUUUUUUUGGUGGAAAAAAAAAAAAUCAUUCCAAGAAGGCAUAGCUGAGCCUAGUCAGAUCCAUUUUUGUGCAUAAGUACGCAUGUGUUCAUAAAUAUAGACUGCUGUCAUAAGUGAUUCUUUACUUUUUCCAUGCUUUCCCUGAUUUCACAUUGCAACAACUGUUAGGCUGAUUUAAAAAUAUAUGAACCUACUUGCUCUUCUCUCAGUUCACAAACACCACACAAAAUACAGGGUGGAGGUAGUGUGCUUCCCCUCAGUAGUGUUUCUGUGGUAGAUGUCAGUUAUCUGGUUGAAUAGCUCCAAUUAGGCUGUUUAGUCUUCACUGAUGAAGGUACUGAUUCAUGAUGACAGAAGAUCAAGACAUUCAGUUCUCCGGGUGCAUAAAUACAUGGCAAUGCAGUGAUUUUCUUUUUAGGAAUCAGCAUUUCCAGUGCCAUAUAAUCAAUGAGUUUUAAAUACACAAUGAUUAAAAAAUUAUUUGAACUUUGACAUCGCUAACAGCAGCUUAAAUUUGCCUGCCAAAAUGAUCUUGCACUUGUCAAAAUGUUUUCAGCUCACUGAAAAAAAGAAAUGACAUAUUUUUAUAACAGACAUACUUUUUUUUGUACAUCCCAUUCAUUCUUGAAAAAAGUCAGUUCAGUGUUGGCUUGUAGAUAUUAAGAGGAAAAUAUUGAGUUUGAUUCAAUAAAUGUUUUCUUUCGGUU